AUGAGGGAACGGGACGCUAACUACAAGCUGCGCACCUUCUCGGUGGGCAUGCCUGGCUCGCCAGACUUCGAGCAUGCACGCCUGGUGGCCCAGCACAUUGGCAGCCAGCACACGGAGAUCAGCUUCACGGUGGAGGACUGCCUGGAUGGGCUGCGCGAUCUGAUCUAUCACCUGGAAUCAUACGAUAUAGCCACUGUGCGCUGCAGCCUGCCCAUGUUCUACCUGGCCCGCCAUGUGAAGAGCACCGGCAUCAAGAUGAUCCUCUCGGGCGAGGGCGCAGACGAGAUCUUUGGUGGGUAUCUCUACUUCCACAAGGCGCCCAACUACGAUCAGUUCCAUGAGGAAAUGGUCACGAUCUGCGAGCGGCUGCAUGUCUCCGAUAUAUUGCGUGCCAACAAGGUGACCAUGUCCAAGGGACUGGAGCUGCGUGUGCCCUUCCUGGAUACCCAGCUGGUAAACCAUGUGAUGAGCAUACGUCCGCAGGACAAGAUUCCAGGUGCUCUUAAUGAGUUUGCGGGGGAACGAAAGUGGCGCAUUGAAAAGUUUGUGCUGCGCGAAGCCUUCGCUGGAGAUUAUUUGCCAGAUGCUGUGCUCUGGCGCCAGAAGGAACAGUUCUCGGAUGGCGUGGGCUACGCCCUCAUCGACGCCCUGCCAGAUUUUGCGGCUCACUAA